AUGUAUCUUCGCGCCGCCCACGCCGAGCAUCACAUCCCGUCCUUGCGGCGAUUCAUCCAGGAAAACCCCUUCGGCAUGAUCAUCACCGCCAUACAGUCUGCGAACUUCCCCACCAUCCAGUGCACACAUGUCCCGUGGGUGCUUGACGUCCAAGACGAAAGCAGCGAAACCGAACUGGGAAUUCUGCGCGGCCACAUGGCCAAACCCAAUCCUCAUUCCAAGGCAUUGACGGAAGCCGCCCAGGUCGACUCUGCGUCGAACGGCCGACUUACAGACGAUGUCUCGAUCAUAUUCAACGGCCCCGUGCACCACUACGUGACGCCCAAGUUCUACACCGAGACCAAGCCCAGCACGGGCAAAGUCGUGCCUACGUGGAACUACUCUGCCGUCCAGGCGUACGGCAAAGCCACCGUCUACUUUGACUCGAAGGCGCCGGAAACGGGUGAGUUCCUGCAACGGCAGCUUAUCGAUCUUUCGCAUCACGCGGAAACCAAUGUGAUGGGAUACGUUGGGGGAGACCGGCCGAAAGCCUGGGCUGUGACGGACGCGCCCCAGUCCUAUGUGGAUCUGUUGAGGAAGAACAUCAUCGGCAUUGAGAUCGAGAUUACUCGCUUGGAAGGAAAGUUCAAGAUGAGCCAGGAGCUGGGCAAGGCUGACAGGGAGGGAGUCAUUAAGGGAUUCGAGGCACUCAACACCGAUGACGGCUACAAGGUCGCAAGGACAGUUGAAGAAAGAGGUGCGCUCAAGGAUCUGAAGCUAUCUGCCUGA